UGCGCGCUGCGAUGUGCUCCGUGCGGACACCGAGCUGCUCCCGCGCUCCGUUCCCGCCGCUGGAAUCCGGUGUGCUGGCAGCGUGUGAGGCCGGGCGAGCGUUAAGGGUCGCGGGAAACGGCGGGCUGAGCGGACAUGAGUGCCCAUCGGCAAUUGUGUGAGAUGCUGCCAAGUGCUGCUGUCUAUUACUUCCCGUGGGAGGUCAACAGCUCAGUCCCAGAGGGAGAGGCACUAAGGACGUUUGGCAAGUUAUGUUCCUACAACCUAGUCCGGUCCGAAGCUGUUCUCACUGCUCAGCACAGCUCAGCUCAACACCGGGUCUGUGUCAACACCGAAUUUGUGGAGCCGUUCCAAGCCCAGCUGGGAUCUCGCUACCUGGUCGUGGGAGAGGUUGAACACAGGGAAGGUGAGGGUCCUGUGCUAAAGGCGCGAAUAUUGACCUGCGUGGAAGGGAUGAAUGUGCCCUUGCUGGAAGAAGCCAUACAGGAGCAGAGGAAAUACUUCAGUAAGAGGCAGGAGCGGAUGGGAAACAGUACAUCCUGACAGCAGCUCUGAGACCCCGUCAUGUGCUGGUCCUUGCGCUACCAUUUGCAACACAUAUAUUAAAAUUACAUUUAGGUGGGUUUGCAACACUGCAUUUUGCCGAGGCAAAUAGCAAAGUCAAGUCACUAAGCAGAAAAACACUUGAAGACUGUAAUACAGUAUGUGACUGUGGGUUGUCAAUUUAUGCCAGGUGUCACACUGAAAAUAGCUCUGGGAAGCAAGUUUGUUGUUUGUUUACAAGGGUGGUUAAAGGAAGAAAGCGUUUGAGUUAUCCUGGUCCUUUUUUCAUGCAAGGUUUGGAGAUGUCAGAAAAAGGAAAAGUCUUUGCACCUCGAGUUAAACAGCUUACACCCACAUGCACUGCCAAAGCACAGUGUGUUACUGGGCUGUUGGCAGGUUGGAGGUAAAGAGCAUUAGUGCAAAGUUCAUUAGCCCUGCGUGGCUGUGGGUCCAUGGGAGCAGGUAUUUAGUUACUGUGACUCAGCUGCCAUACAGGAGCAUUCCUGGCAAAACACAUAUCUAGACUACAAAGAAAGAAGAACAGAGUCACUAUUUUUGGUAGCACCUGCCUCUUCGGGUUUUCAGAAGCUGGUUUCCAAUGUGGGGGAUUGACUUCAGCUCUAAAAUAAAUAUUUGCAGUACUCUGAGAACCACCACUUGACUUUCUUCCUUGACACAACUAAGUUUAGGAGACCUUCUAUCACUAUUUUUUUGAAGCAUCUAAAGGUUUCAAUUGUUAUUUUCCUAAAUAAACAUUAAAAGAGAAGGCA